CGAUUGAAGUGCGCAUGCGCAUUGCGCCAUACGAAAAUGGCAAGUCCUGUGAAUUCUAUCCAGGAAUUUAACUCUGAAACUCUUGUUAGAGAAUGGCUAGAAUGUCUCUCUCAUGGCACCCUACAGCAAGCAUUAAAACGUCACUGGCGCGUGUUUGUUCCAAAAGUAUAUUUUCCAUCAGUUGAACCAGACAUGGGAAAGGAAGACAGACUCUCCAAAAGAUUCCUCUUCCGUCCUAUUGAAACAUUUCUUUGCCAAGGGGAUCCUAAAACUGUUUUUAAAGAACUGAAGGAGCAGAAUACACCAUCACAAAUAUGUGGUCAUGUAUUCAAAAUGGGCGAGCCAACUUACUCUUGCCGGGAUUGUGGUGCAGAUCCAACUUGUGUUCUGUGUAUCCAGUGUUUUCAGAAGAGUGUACAUAAAGGUCAUCGCUAUAAGAUGAGUACAUCUGGGGGAGGGGGCUAUUGCGAUUGUGGUGAUACAGAGGCUUGGAAGUCAGACCCAUUCUGUGACACACAUAGAGCAGUUGAGACACCAGAGGAGAGACAAGACCCCAUUGAAUCUCUAUCAGCUGACCUGAGAGAAAGAGCAACUGAACUGUUCAAAUGUGUGCUGAUGUAUGCAGUUGAGAUGGUAACAUGGUCACACCCAGUGGAUUUGCCAAUAGGCCUAGAACAAGAUGGAUCUGAUCGAUCAUUUGCCACUGUUCUCUUCAACGAUGAAGUUCACACUUAUGAACAGGUGAUUCAGACUCUCACCAGGGCCAUUGACUGUGACCAAAAAGCAGCUGUAGACUUUGCUACUGUAGUAGAUAGGGAGGGACGCAGUGCAGUAAAAGUGGACAAAGAUUUCAAUGUGUGCGAAAAGGUCAAGAAUACAAUUGAGAGAAAUACAUCUAGACAUGGGGGUAAACCAUUGAAGGUUGAGGUCAUGAAUUCAGCUGUAGUGGCCCACCAGGCAUUUGCUCUCAAACUGCUUACCUGGUUGCGGGAUGAUGUCAUAUCAUACUCAGAUGGGCUGAGAAAAAUCUUCUGUAAUAUCGCCAUGGCAACUGCAUCAGAUGAAGACCAAUCUCUGUUGGAAACAAUGCUUCUGAAUGACACUCAAUUAUGGAAGGCUGUCAGGCGUCAGAGUCACCAACUCUUCAUGUCUGGUGUAAUGUUAGACCAAGAUGUCAAAAAGAGAUUUGCAAUACUUUUUACAAAGCAUUAUCCACAUUUGAUGGGAGACUUCAUAAAGGAUGACCAUGAUCACUCUGUGUGUAUUGUAUCAGAGACAGUUCAGAUAUAUACUGUCCCAACUUUGGCUAGGAUGCUGAUUGCUGAACAUGAUCUUCUCUCAGUAAUAAUGGACACCUUUCUCCAUGAGUGUGAGAGUAAGAAAAAUGCACAUGGCAAGUUUGUGUUUGAAAGAAAUGAUCGUGGAGCAAGCAGUCAGGCUGUUAAGAGAGCUCAAUACAUGCUCUAUGACUUCAAAUAUGCUCUGACAUGUAAACCGCAGUCACCAGAUGAAUGGUCUGAUAAUCUACGCAAACAUUUUCUAACUGGCUUUCAGAAACUUCUUCAGCUUUUGCAGUGCAUACAGGGUAUGGACUCUGUGGUAAGACAGAAGGGUCAGCAUAUAGAAUAUGAGCCUGAAUGGGAUGGCGCAUUCAACUUACAACUGAAGCUGGAAGACAACCUUGCCAUGAUGCUCCAAUGGUGUGCGGCAGAUCGUAAAGUGUUGUUGGAUGCAUACAAUGCAGGGAUAGAAAUUCUACGUCAGUGUAAUUCUGAGCAUGACACAAAAUGGGAAACAGUUUCAGUUGGAGCACAUCAGGUGUCUUGCAUAAAGUAUGAUGUUUCUAGUCAGCAUGUCUCCAUUCAUCUGCCAGUCUCUAGAAUGGUAGCAGGUAUAUUUCCACUGUUCCACAGGUAUGGGAUACCACUCAGGGGGAUUCAGCCACAGACAUGUUUAAGUGCAGUAGAGUUGAUAGAACCAGUUGUAAGGUGUGCAGUAAUGAUCUCACAGACCCAUGCUGGCAUGUGGAGGAGAAAUGGAUACUCACUCCUAAAUCAGAUCUAUUUCUACCAUAAUGUGAGAUGUAGAACAGAGAUGUAUGAUAGAGACAUUGUCAUGCUACAGGCAGGGGCAGCUCUGAUAGACAGCAAUGAAUUCCUGAUUCACCUCAUGAACAAGUUCGCUAUUAUACAAUGGGCAAAGGAGGAGUAUGAUUUACCAAGACAAGGGGGUCAGCAGGAGGAUCUGGUCAGGCAAACAGUCACUCUGGUUGAGGAGUUCCUCCAUUUGCUCAUUAUCAUUUUGUGUGAGAGGUAUACGCCAGGUAUAGGAGAGGUUGGUGAAAGAGAUUCUGUGAAGAGAGAAAUUAUUCACCAGCUCUGCAUAGAAUCCAUGGCUCAUAGUGAACUAGAGAAGAGUCUGCCUGAUGAUACCAACCAUGAGACUGGUAUAGAGGAGGCUGUCCAUGACGUGGCUAAUUUCAACAAGCCUACUAGCAGUGCAGGAAAGGGAGUAUAUGAACUAAAAGAGCAACGCUAUGAGGAGUACAACCCUUACUUCUACCACUACUCCAGAGCAGAACAAUCAAAGUCUGAAGAAGCGCAGAGAAAACGUAAGAAGGCUGCCAAUGGAGAUCAGGCUCUUCCACCACCUGUCCCUCCUCCCUUUGUCCCGGGUCUUCAGCCUGCUAUCAACAUGUUACAGUGUAAUGUCAUGCUACACAUCAUCAGAGUAGUCUUACAAAGAACCACUGUACAGAGGUCCAGAUCUUGGUCAGAACCUCAGCUUGAAAAGGUGUUAUUCCUAGUAGGCUUGGCCUUACAUGAAGAGAAUAGAGCCUUUGAGAGGAAAGAUGAAUCAUUCAGCUUUACUGAGAAAGCCUUACAAGGAGAGCCUAGUAUCCUGCAGCUGUUGGAGAGCCUAGUGAGCCACAGUAAUGUAGAACAUGAAGCACAAAAGGACCUACUGGCAUGGGUUUUAAAGAAAUUCCAUGAUGUGCAAAGCCUAAGGACGAAAGCAAAGGCUGGACCUGUGAUAGCAUCUACAUCAAACUCUGAUGACCGAAUGGAAAAGGAACGCAAAAGGAAGGCGCAACUUGCAGCCAAAAAACGUGCAAAAAUAAUGGCACAAAUGUCAAAAAUGCAGAAAAACUUUAUAAAGGAUAAUGCUGAGUUAUUUGAGGGAGCCGAGAGUGAUUUGAGGCGUGUGGGGUCUGAUAUGGACAUAAGUGAGGCCCCCAAGGAGUUCCCAGUAGCCCUAGGACGUAAGAAGUGCCCUUUAGUAGUGACGGGAAACAAUCGUGUGACAUGUAUUUUGUGCCAGGAAGAGCAGGAUGUGACGGCAACAGAUAAAUCAAUGGUCCUUACUGCAUUUAUACAACAGUCAACUGUAUUAUCUAAAUCAAGGGGUAAAGUAGUUCAAAAUCCAGAGACGUAUGAUCCAUUAUUUAUGUCAUCAGAUGUCUUCUGGGGGACUCACAUUGGUAGCUGUGGUCACACUAUGCAUGCAGACUGCUGGCAGAGGUAUUUUGAUUCCAUAGUUGCAAAAGUACGACGGCGGCCGUUACGAUACAGACAACAUAUGACAUUUGAUAUAAGGAAGCAGGAGUUCCUGUGCCCUCUUUGUGAAACAUUAAGCAAUAUUGUGGUACCUCUGGUGCCACCUUUAGGACAAUUAGCAAACAAAACAGUGCAACAUGUGGAUCUAUCAAUUGAAGACUGGUUGGAUGCAAUUCAGAAAACAGUACGGGAGAGUAUUAAAGAGGACAAAGAUAAAGAAACUGAAGAAGAGUCUCUGAUGGUUGUACCCUGUCCACUACCCACCCUAGCAAAGAUGAUGUCUGAGAGUGUCUCAAAGAACUUUCAAGCUUUAUUUGAUUACGUCUACAGUGAAGACAGCGAUCAUUUCUCAGACAGUACAAAUGAAAUGCUUCGUAAACUCUCAAAGGAUAUCUACCUUUUAGGACUUGGCCUUGAAACUGAAGAUGAUAAUGUAAGGGUUCCAGUAAUGACUUGGAGGACAUGCGCCUUUACUAUUCAAGUUAUAGAGCAAAGUUUACGAGAAGAAAGCAAGCCCUUAUUUGGAAGUUUACCAUCUCGCCAGGCAGACUGUUUACAAGCCCUAGUAAGAUUCGCUGGUGUAUCUGCACAAAACAUAGCAUCAGACAUCAACAAGAAGCUAUGUGUUAGACUUCUGGCAGCUCUUGUAUCCGGUGACUCUGACAAGAAGUUUGUGGCCACUCCAGGUUGUGUACUAGAUUUUGACAUGUUCCACUAUUUGGUAUCUGUUUGUCUAGCACUACCUACACUCUAUGUGGAAGACCAGAGGAGUUUAUUAGGUGCAAUACCAACUGGAGGUCUAAAUGAACAGCAUGUCUUACAACUUGUCUUCACUGCUCACAUUGUGCAGAUACUUAUCACAACAGAUUUCCAUAUCCAUGAUUCUAUGGAGCUAGAGCCAGAUGCCGACAGCCAGGCUCUAGUUGACAUCUAUCACAGACUCAGGAAGCAAGCGGGUAUUGAGGUUAGUAAUGUGCCAUCAGCAUGGCAAUUACACCAGAGAGUGAAGCAUAUAUCUGUCCCCUUCCUGAGGAGUGCAGCUCUAUUCUUCCACUAUCUAACUGGCAUCUCUUCUCCUGUGGAGUUACAGCAAGAAAACUGUUUAGAUGAGUUUGAUUACCUGUGCAGGUACCUAGCUCUACCCUCCUCUCUAGCAGCCCUAUUUGAUCCACGGAAUACACUUAUUAACACACUUGUUGCCAGCUGGUGCAGUGAUGAUAAUCUAAAGACAAGAAUAUCUGCAAGCUCAGAGAAACUUACUAGGUAUCCCCUGAAGGUUAACCAGCUCAUCAAACUCCCAAAAGACUAUAGUGAUGUCAUAAACUCUGCAUCCACCUUCACGUGUCCUAAAUCUGAUGGUGAAGACAGCAGGGCUCCUACCAUGUGCCUGGUGUGUGGGGAGAUGUUGUGUAGCCAGAGUUACUGCUGUCAGAUAGAGCUAGAUGGGAUGACUGUAGGGGCUGCCACAGCACAUGCACAAUCCUGUGGGUCUGGUGUAGGAUUAUUUCUCAGGGUAAGAGAAUGCCAAAUCCUCCUAUUGGCUGGGAAGAUCAAGGGAAGUUUCCAUGCUCCACCUUACCUGGAUGAUUACGGAGAAACUGACCAAGGUCUAAGGCGUGGUAAUCCAUUGAGAUUGUGUCCGGACAGGUUCAAGAAGUUACACAAAUUAUGGCUGUCACAUGGGAUUCCAGAGGAAAUCUCACGCAAUCUAGAGACCAACAGCCAACUUCUCUCCAUAGACUGGCAACAUUUAUGAUCUCUUUCGCUCUCUCUAAAUCAGCAUGACUCCUAAUGUUGGCAGAGUGUGUGAUAGGGAUUUCAAAUUAACUGGUCAAAACUGAAUUACAUACCAGUUGUAUUUUCAUAUACUAGUACAUGCUGAUACUAGUACAUGCUGAAAUAAUCAGUUGGUCCUAAUAAUGAAAUUCACCAGAUGUAGUUUUAUGGACCAGUGCUCAUACAACACCAUAAUGGAUAGUCCAUUCUCUGACUAGCAAGCCCAUCCUCCAACAGGCUUUCACUUCCACCAUGGCCACAGGAUUGGAAAGGAUUUUAGCUGGAUAUGCACAAAUCUAUGUAUAUUUGAGAUUACAUACAGUGCAGGGUGCUAAGGCUUGUAAAAUGCCACCAGAUCUGUUUGCCUGUGGGCCCCUCAUUGCUAUUUAAGGAUACUGUUUUAACCAUAUAUGUAUGCUUAUUUUGUUGGUCAUUUUGUAUUGCUAAAAUGAGAGUUGCCAUAGCCCAAUAGAUAAGGUUUGGGAAUAAUGAGUAAUGCUUACCAAUAUUGUGAACUUGGGCCUAUAAGAAUAUUAACAAUCAGAUGCCUAAUGCUAUGUGGGUUUUGCACUAUCAUGGGCAGUUGCUUGACUGGCAUAUUUUUGCUAGCCAACGAUGGAGUGCAAACCAUAUGGUAGUGCAGUUAGUUAUUUAUAACAUACCCAGGAUGGUUUGGGUCAAGAAUAAAAAUUCUGAGAAUUACUUGUAAAUAAUUUAAAACAUUGACCUAAAUUGUAGAUUGUUUUAUGGUGUCAUUCACAUAUAUUGACCGAAUCUUACUUUAAGUUUGGAACACACUUUAGAUAUGAUGUAUUGUCAAUUAUACGCACUCAUUGAACACCGUUAUGAUUUAAUGAGGAGAAUUGACACAUCACAUGCUAUGAGAAAAAAGAUACUGAUGACUUUUGAAGAAAGUUGCUGGGUAAAUGUUCUAAGAAUUAUCAUUAGAGGAUCUGACCCAGUUAAGUAAAUUGCUCCUAUAUUCACACUUCAAAGAAUGAAGUCUUAUAUGAUGGCCAUAAAUUUAUGAUAUUAAUGCAUUUAAAUAUUUGAAUUGGUCUGUAUUGACUAGCCAUAUAUUUAGAACAUUAUUUGGAAGGUUUCAGAGUUAAGGGCUCAGACUCUAACUCUGAAACUAAAAUACUUCCAAAAUAUUGGUGUAAGAAUCUGAAUUAGAGACUGAGAUGCUAUGGCUAUACCCAGAAAUUAAAAUAGACUUUGCAGUCAUACAUCUUGUAUAUUUUUGAUUGGAUAAAAUAAUGAAUUUAAGUUUUAAGUUGUUCAGUAACUAUAUAUUGUAUUAUUAUAUAAUUUGUUUUAUGUCCCCAUAUAACAUGGGGAAAUAUUCUAAAAUAAAAAUCUAAAGGCAUUAUUUUACUCCUGUAAAUUUUUUUUGAUUUCAAUGAACAUUGUUUGAACUAAGAUUGUUCUUUGUUGAAGGGAGUGGACUGAUU